AUGGGAUCUACGCAAUUCGGCAAUUUCCACGACUUUUGUCGCGACUCGCUAUUGCCAGUCUGCAAUCUAUUUCUCGAUAACCAGCCGCCCAACGCCGGCCCCAAUGGAACCUUUGAUGGAUGUCCGCUAUACGGAAUCGAGUUGAGCGGCGAUCGUUACCUCGCUAAUCUGGGGUCGAUCUUGCUCGCCGGUAUCUCUAUCCUUAUUUCAGUUGCCUUGUUGUGGAGGUCGGAUCGCAAGCAUGCUGCUGUCGGGCGUCGUGAGAUGCAAUUGUUCCUGCUCGGUUUUAUCGUGAUUCAAAUCUGUGAGAUUUUCACGGUGGGCGGUAUUCCGAUUCACGACUCCGUUAGAAAGGGCUUCUCGGCCGUUCAUCUCGCGGCGAUCACCGCCACCUGCUGGAUUCUUCUUCUCAACGCACUCGUCGGUUUCCAGUUACUCGACGACGGGACGCCGGCUUCAAUUGGACUUAUCGCGGGAUCGGCGAUCGUGCUCUUCAUUGGGACUGGUUAUAUUGCUCUGGAUACCGCAUUCGACUGGACAGGUCAUUUCCAAUCCAGUGUGGGCGCCGGAGGUGAUAACCGCAACAUCGCUCUCUACGUCCUGUACCAGCUCUUCCCGCUCGUUUGUCUGGUACUGUUCUACAUUUUCGAGGCCAUCCUGGUCAUGCGGCUGCUGGGUGAAUUCCGACCAAUGAUCUACCUCACCGGCGCUGCCCUCCUCUUCGCCAUCGGCCAAAUCUUCCAAUACGUCAUCAGUGUCCACCUCUGCGAAGCCUCCAACCACAAAAUCAACGGCACCCUCUUCGAAACUCUCUUCACCCUCCUCUCCGUCAUGGCCAUUUGGGCCUUCUGGAGUAGCAUCACCGAAGACGACUGGCCCUUGCCGACUGGUGGUGGAUACAAUUAG